GGUAAAUUGUGCUACAGUCAACUAGAAGAGUGUCUACAACGUUUGCAUCAUGAGAUCAAUACUUCUAAUAGGUUUAUACUUUGUUUUUGAGAUACAGACAGGAGAUGGUGCAGUUCAACUGUCUGCCAACCCAGGUGUCAUAGACCCGGGCGUGACGUCAUUGACCGUUAGGUGUGACGUCAACCAGAGCAGCCAGUCGAACAUGUCCGCCAUCUUGUCCAUCAUCGUAUCCCGCGCUGCCAACGGUUCCAGCACCUACACCGACCUGGCCUCGGUGGUCACGUUUCUGGGUCAAAAGGUCAACGUCCUGUCGUCUGAAGGUCUCACGGCCAACGGUUCCGUUCAGGAUGCUGGUCACUCUUUUCUGGAACUACACUGGAACCAGCCAACAGAAGCGCAGGCUGGUCACUACUUGUGUACAGUACAAGGUCCAGACGCUGUUGGACAUAACAUCGACUGGAUUGCUGAAACUGACGUCACAGCCACACAUCCGGGUAAUAACCAGCUCCUGGACAAGAUCCUGCAACUGGAUCUAGACUUGAAGCUGGCCAAUGAAAAAUUGGCAAAUCUUACUCGUGAUUUCACCAGCAUCACCCAGGACCUACUACAUUACAACACGGCCAGGGAGAAAGACAUGCAACAAUUUCUGUUUAGCCCAGGCUUCCUUCACAACAACUCGACCAUCGCAGUUUCCAGAAACCGCAACAGUAACAUCGGUGCCGCGGAGAAUUUGUGCCAGAUUUACGGCGGUUACCUCGUGGAGAUCGACGACGCCGCGGAAUACACGGCGUUGGUGGCGUACCUUAACAACAUCAGCGACAUCAAAUCCGUCUACAUCGGAAUCUACAGAGAUGUCCAAACAGGAGAAUAUAAAUUCAGGCGCAGCGGGAAGACAGCACCGGUGUUGGUGUGGGCGGACAAUAUGCAACGAGAUUAUGUUGAUGACGACAUUUGUGUGCUGAUGUUGAAGAUACACCAGUGGAAGAUGUUGGUGUCGCUUUGUGGAGACAACAACCUGGCUGUGUGUGAGUUUCCUCGUGAUGUUUAAACGGUCGUUACUUCCGGCAGUUGUCAUACGUAGAAAUAAAGUUAAAACGCUUCAAUCAAUAGGCUUGAAAAGUCUAAUGUAAUCAUAUCAAUUUAAAAAAAAAAUCUUUUUUAAAAUAUGGCCACCGAUAAAAUUUUAGCUACAUUUUUAAAAUUAAAGCCGUUUAGGAACCAUCGAUUUCACUAUUUUUUAUAUUUUUAUAUUGAAUAUAACUCGUUGAAAAGCCGUUUAGAAUAAUUUUAUCAAUACAAAUAUGUUUAAAAACUGCUCUCAACUCCUCCUUGAAGUCAACCGGAGUGGCCAGGGAAAGUAAAACGAUGAAAGUCACAAAAAAUGUUUUCCAUGAUAAAAUACACAAUAGUGAUCUACGAUGUACAGCCUAGUAUUGUAUUUAUAUUAAAUAAUAUAACAUCACCACAAUACCCUUUCUCUGCUAAUUCAAAUUAAAAAUAAAAGUGUUAGUUGAAUUACGAUUAUAUUUCUAGUAAUUAUUUGUUUGAAUAUUUCUAGCAUUACUAAAACCGGAAGUCAUUUUAUACUUAUUUCUCAAAUGUUAUAAAAUAUUAAAUUUUGGUUGAAAAAUAUACGUUCUGGCAACAACCAGUUGGAACCAGCUUAUCAAUCCUAUUGUUAACAAAUGUACGUCUUAUUACAUAGCUAUUGUUGGUUCAAAAAACACACAUAAAAUAAACACUUCAAUUAUAUUGUUGAUAUAUUUUAAAAAUAAGAUCGAGGUCUAACCUAGCGCUUACACUAUGACUUAAAGUCUAUGGUCAUCCAACUAGGGGCUGUAUGCAAUAGAGGCCUAUCAAUACAUGUGAUUCUAUUUCUUUCUUUACAGUUACCAGUUUCAUAUAUCUUUGUCUAAUGAUAAUGUUUCUCUUUUGGAUUUUUUGUUUACUUUACUUAGUAGUAAGAAUUUCCUGCAAAAGGAUUUUGAUUAAUUUGGUCGUGAUAUUGUAAACAGUCAAUAAAUCACAAAACUUUUUUAUUAA